UGGCGCCAAAAAGGAAGGCAGGCAGGCAAAGUAACGUUCCUCGUUAUACGGCAGGAUUAGGCUGCAUCAUCGAUUGCUGCUGCAUUUCUUCAUGAGGAGAGCCCGUUCGCUGUUAGCAAUUCAAAUAUUGAUUGAAAAAGCUUGUAAAAUGGGUGGAUCCGGUACCGCUUAUUCGGAUACGGCUGAAUACGGCGAAAAUCGUUGAGUUUUACGAUAUUUGGCGCGGUUGAAAAAAAAAACGGGAAAAAGUGGGUUGUGGGGGUGGAAAGAAGUUGGCGCCAAGUGUGUGAAGUUUUGCUGCAGUGUGGCGCGACGACGACGACGACUGAAAUGCCAAGAAGCGAAACGUCAGUGAGUGAAAAGUGUUGUUUAUUUAAGCUGAAUUUACAUAAAAAUCGAAUCAUGCGAAACGCUUUCGAUGCUGGGGCUUCGUUAGUCCUUUGCCCGGAUCUACCGCAACCAUCAUCAGCAGGACCGUGUCGAAUCGUCAAAACUGUUGCUGCGAAGAACCGGAAGGGUCGCCCAAUUCUAGUGGCGUAACGCCAGCCCGCAUCAUCUACUCGCCCGGCGCGCUUAGUUGACGAUUCUGAGGCAGCAUGUGGCCACGUGGCAGAAAGCUUCGACUUUAAAAGAGAGAGGGACCACGGACGGGUGAAAAGGUCGUCGACGACAACAACAACGACUAACGAGUAAGCAACCGAAAAAAAGAAUAGAAAGAAGCACAAAGUGUGGUGUCAGUUUUUGGCGCGCGCUCAAGAAGUGUAUUUUUCGAGCGGCCCGCCCGAAGAAUAACAUCGUGCAGGAUGAACAUUUUCGCUACACGAAGGCUUAAGUGGAAACAAACAGCGUGGUUUGGCGGCAAUCAACGGAUGGGAUAAAUUGUUUUUACUACUCCAGAAGCUCUCUAAGUGGAGGAGGGUUUGUUUGGCGGGUUUCUGUGUAGUUCACAGCACACAAACAGACCCAAACAUUUGACACCAGCCUAGCCUAGUCAGCUAGCUAGCUAACUAGCAAGCAGCAGAAGCGACGUGGUGGCCCUUGAAAGAGUAUUCAAAACAAUCCUGACACAAGUCAAUAUCAACAACGACCUCCGACAGACCGGUCGAACGAACAGCCAGCAGCACAUCAGCCGGCAACUUGUGUGAGGAACUUGUCGUGACGUUUGUGGAUUAACUUUCGAACCGCCACCCACCACGACAGAAGAAGAACAACAACACGACAUCCAGCAGAACUUUCCCGCCUGUGUCGCCCAGCGCAGGACCAACCAACAAUGGAGAUUGUUUGCAUGCAAAUUGCAAUGGUGCUCACGUUGAUAGUAAAAUGUUUGCAUGGUUCUCUACCGUCGAUUGCCCUGCAAGAGGCAAGUAAUCCGCAGCAGCAGCAGCCGGCUGAUCCGGAACCGGAAUUCGAAGGCACCAUCCAGAACGUAACGUUUCCGGCGGGGCGCGAGGCGGUCCUAACGUGUUCGGUGAAGAACUUGGGCCGCUAUAAGGUCGGUUGGCUGCGGGCUUCGGAUCAGACGGUGCUGGCCCUGCAGGGGCGGGUCGUGACGCACAAUUCACGCAUCAGCGUUGUCCACGAGGAUAUGCGAACCUGGCGGUUGCGGAUUCGGCAGCUACGUGAAUCCGAUCGGGGCUGCUACAUGUGCCAGAUCAAUGCCAGCCCGAUGAAAAAGCAAAUUGGGUGCAUCGAUGUGCAAGUUCCCCCGGAUAUAAUCAACGAGGAAUCAUCAGCAGACAUCGCAGUGCAAGAGGGUGAAGAUGCGACUAUCGUGUGCAAAGCCGUUGGCCAUCCGACUCCGCGGGUCACCUGGAAGCGGGAAGACGGCGAAUACAUGCUGCUAAGGAAACCGCAGAGCCGGGAACUCAUCCGAGUGGAAGCCUAUAACGGAACCCAUCUUCAUCUGCCAAAACUGGAACGGAGACAAAUGGGAGCUUACCUGUGCAUAGCUUCUAAUGAUGUGCCACCAGCAGUCAGUAAAAGAGUUUCCCUGAGCGUUCACUUUGCGCCAUCGGUGCGUCCAACAAGUCAACUGCUGGGAGCUCCCCUGGGUUCGGACGUGCAGCUCGAGUGUGCCGUCGAGGCUUCUCCGGGACCGGUAUCGUACUGGCUCAAGGGAGGUCGAGUCCUGCCGCCCAACUUUGCCCACCUCACCAAUGGCAAUUACGAGCAGGGUCAGUCGAGGCCGGAAAUGCUUCUCGAUGGACCAAAGUAUGGAAUCACCGAGGAACGGCACGGAUUCCGCACGAUUAUGCGCCUUGUGGUGAGAUUUUUUUCGCCGGCCGACGUCGGGACGUAUCACUGCGUCAGCACCAAUUCACUUGGGAAGGCGGACGGAACGAUGAGACUGUACGAAAUAAAAAUUCAUCAGGGCGGAGUGCAAACAGGCGACGAUCAAUUAAAUAUAAUUGGAGGUCUAGCAGAAGCCGCCCGAGGUCGGGGCAACGGCUCAAGUGCCAAUUCAUUAACGACCUGCAGCAAUCUGAGGCUGAGGUGGCUCGUUGUCAUCCUUCUGUCCGGACUGGUGGUCAGUUCGUCGUCCAAUGGCAGAUGACGGCAUCUGCUGACGAUAUCCCUAACACUAACACUAGCAACAACAACAACGGUCGUAGCGUAAGAGCCCAAAUAUUUCCAAUCAUCGAGCCCCAAGAUUCUGGACUACGACGAUACGGACGACGAUGCCCAGAUGGUGUGAUGACGAAGACGAUGGCGAUGGGAUGGGAUCUCCAUCGAUGGUCAACAGGAAGUCGGGAGAAGGUCCAGAGCAUGUGUGUGCAGCCAAAAACCUAAAACGGGAAUCUGCCGGUCUCGUUGAACCGGAGAAGGUGUUGAUUUGCGAAUGAGAACAUAUCGAGUGUCCGAGCUAAGCAUAUCUAUAGAUACAUAUACAUAAGUAUUACAGACGUUGAUUUGGUGCGUUCGAGCGAGCGAGCGAGCGAAGGGUGUUGCGUUGCUUUUCCAGCAAAAUUUUAGCUAAUCAUGAUGAUGUAGGGUACGAUUAAAUCGAGAGAGGCUUAUCUUUACAUAUAGAGUAACAUGGGACGGAAUUUGUCUUCAUAGAGUGAUAGGCUUCUAAACAGUUCACGAUAGUUUAACGAAAUCGAUCCGAAAAGGACUUAAUCCUUUCUCCUUGUCUGUGCAUAAUUAACAUACAUACACAAAACGGAAACAGCUGCUGCUUAUAGGUCAAAUAUUAAUCGAUCAAGUAUCGUUGUACGAUCGAAUGUAUAUUUUUAGCUGCUAAGUACCAUACACACAAAGACAGAAUAAACACACACACACACACACACACACAAACGCGCAUAAGAUACCAAUCUGCUCUGAAAUACAAAAAAAAUGCUUCUGUACGUACACAUAUCUAAUCACUUCCAAGCGAUAAUGAAACAAGACGAACAAUUUCUCAUAUCAAACAUCAACGAAGGGAAAAGCGGUUUAAGGGCAAAGAUAAAGAGAAAACGCUCCAACAAACCCAAAGGAAGUAGUUGGGGCGAAAAUCAUCAAGCAUAAUCAGCCGGAAAUGGUUAGACUGAAAAUUAA